CAUAAAAAGAGCCCGAGACUCUUGGCAGGGUAUCAAAUGCUGCUGGCGGCGUAAAAAGAACAGUUGUUUUUAGAAACAUUUCCACCACCUCAAGUUGAAAAAUUGCACCGGGUCAGCGUGAAACGGCCUGUGACGAUGACGGGGCUUACGCUACUUUUGACGGCACUGCUGGCCAGUGCUGUAACGGUUAUUCACUCCCGGCCCGUGGAGAAUGACUUUGAUGCUAUGACUUAUCUGAGCUACUUCGGCUACUUAAAAAGACAGACGAAUGACGGGACUGGUAUGGAUGAGGAUGAGGUACGACAAGGGAUACUGGACUUCCAAUUCAUGGGCAACUUGACACAAACCGGUGUACUUGAUGCACCCACCAUGGAAAAGAUGAACAUGCCUCGCUGCGGCAUGCCGGACAACAUCGGUCACGCCAUGGACGCAAGACGGAAGAAGCGGUUCUCCCUUGGGUCAAAAUGGCGCAACACCGACCUGACCUUUCGCAUCGACAACACGACCCCUGACAUCCCCAACCGAGCCGACGUUGAUGCAACCAUGGUUGCAGCUCUGAAGGUCUGGUCGGACGUCACCCCGUUGACUUUCACCCGAGUUACUGGCAACACUCCGGCCGACAUCGUCAUCUCCUUCUCCCCAACCGACCGGGACCACGGCGACGGCAACCCGUUCGACGGCCCGAGUGGUGUCCUGGCUCACGCUUUCUUCCCGGAGAACGGGGACGCUCAUUUCGACGAAGGAGAACGGUGGACCAUCAACUCUUUCUCAGGAAUCAACCUGUUCCAGGUGGCAGCGCACGAGUUCGGUCACAGCCUGGGAUUGGGUCAUUCCAAUGUACAGGGGGCGCUGAUGGAGGCGUUCUACGCCGGCUACGUCCCAAACUUCCAACUGCACUCUGAUGAUAUUUUAGGCAUCCAGGCACACUACGGUAUUGGCUCCGGAGGACCCGAUGUGACCAUGGCCCCCAACCCGCCCGCGCCCGAUAUACCUUGCACCGGCAGAGUAGAUGCCGUCACCACCACCAGAGAUCAAAGCACCUACAUUUUUGAAGGGAGUAACGUCUGGAAAUUUGAAAUGGGCGCGUCCCGAAUUUCCGCUGGUUUUCCCAAGUCUAUCUCCUCGACUUUCGUCGGUGUUCCAGACAACAUCGAUGCUGCGUUUUACUACCCAAUGUAUAGGAGCACGUUCAUCUUCAAGGGAAGUCAAUAUUGGCGAUUUGACAACGAGGUCAUGGAUGCCAACUUUCCACGUUCUAUUACCGGUGACUGGGGCUUGCCGGGCGACCUGGACGCUGCAUUUGUUUGGAGUGGGAACAACCAAGUCUACUUCAUCAAAGGCAAUGAGUACUAUCGCUACAACGGUAGGGCGGUCGACGCAAACUACCCGCGUGACCUGAGCGUGUGGAAUGUCCCUGGUAACCAAGUCACUGCUGCCGUGCAGUGGACCAACAGGGUGACGUACUUCUUCACCCCGAGCGGCGGCUACUACCGUUACAACGACCGGAACUUCAGGGUGGAAGGAGGACGCGGGUACCCGGCGCCCGUUGCCUCAGAUUGGCAGGGAUGUGCGAACACCAUCGAAGCGGCCACGCCCACAGCAGACAGUGGUGUUAGUGGUCUUGCACCCAGCCUCCUCGCAAUGAUGUUGCCUGUUGUGUUGGGAACCACUUACUGUUAGAUUGUGCAUUGUACUUCUAUUUUUACAGGCAUAUAGGAUCAUUUUGCGUUUAUCUAAAAUUAAAGUGGGUAUAUUUCGUGCUUUUUCAACAUUUUCUUCUCCUAACGAAAUUUAAAGGAAUUUAAUGUCCAGUAACGAAUACAUUUGCUUGUUUGUUUUUGCAGGCCUUUAUACAUGUUUAACAAAAGUGGUUUGAAAUGGCGCGCUCCAGUUCAGAAAUUGCACACACUACUCGGAACCAUUUACUAUUUAGGAGUGUCCUAUAUCUAUUUUCAAGGUGCCACACCCCAAAAGCACGUACACACCAACUUUAAGCUACCGAUUUAUUAUCCAAAAGCUUGGAUCAAAGAUAGUACUAGUACUACACUUCAUGUGAAAUUAUUCCAUCUGGCUUGCUGUCACUCAGAAGAAAUCAAGAAAAAUGUAGGGGAUUUCCUAUGAUCACUCAAUAAUUGACUGAUAGCCUAGUUGAAAAUAAAGAGUACUACACUGUUAUACGAACAAAAUUGUAUUUCGUGAUCAAAAGGUUGUGCAUGGUUUUUCACUGUUUGCUUGAAAAGUGUAACAUCCACUGAGCUGAAACUUCAACAGGUUAUCUUUCGAACAUUCUUCUUUGGAUUUCGAGUGGUGUUUUUAUUGGAAAAAGAACAAAAGGCAUGACAGAACAAAUAAUCCUACAUGCCCUUAAUAAAUAUAAUUCUUUUCCAAGCACGAACCGACAUGUAGAAAACACUUCUGUGACAGCAUGUGCUGCAGUGCUUAACGAAUAAGAUGACACUUUAAAGAAAGCAAACAUUUUCCCCAAAUUUUCUAUAAUUCUGCAGAUUUGCCCUCAAACACAGCCUUGAUUCGAGAAGCAAAAAGACCGCCUCACAAGCACUUUCAUGAAGUUGGCUUAAAUGAAAUUCUAUAAAUAUGAAUUGAUUGGCUAUUUGAAACCAUUGUUUGUAGUUUUGUUUUACAAAGAUAACGUUUAAUUAAGAAAUCAUGAUAUUUUUUUAUUUUUACGUCGCACAUAGUCUUUCUUAUUUAAAGAUAUUACAUUCUUCCACCACAGUACAUGAAAAUUAAGUUAUUUAAUUUAUAAAGUGCACGAUUGAAUAGGCAUGAGAAUUUAGUAAAAUUAUAUCAAAUGUCUUCCCUUAGGCCUAAUUAUCCAAAAAAUGGUGAAUUUGAGUCGACAAGUGACUAACAAUUUCCUUCAGUACUAGCGACCCCAUUAGAAUACAUGUACAUGUACAUUAGAGUACAUGUACAUGUAUAAUAAAAUAUACACUGUAUACACAAUGUACAUGUACAUGUACAGUAUAUCUAAAAUUAAAUAAAUUUCAUACUUUUUUUUAUUCAUGAGGCCGUAUUGACCAAAGUACUGAGAUUUUUUUAAUAAAAAAUGUAUGUAAACUAAAACAA